UCGCUACCCCCACCCCCACCCCCACCCCACCACCAUGCAAUCACCAUAGCUUUCUUUUCUUAUGUACAAAAAAACCAACAUUAUCUCUCUCCCAUAUUACACACCAUGUCUCCUUUCCCCUUCCCCUUCUUCAUCAUCAUCAUCUUCUUUUUUCUCCCUUCUUCCACUUCCACUCACUACCCUUACAAUUACUCCUUACAUAUAGAUUGUGGCUCACUUUCAAAUUCAACUGAUAUCUUCAACACUACAUGGUUAUCCGACCGUUACUUUACUAACGGCGUUACUUCCGUUGUAUCUGAACCACUUAACUUCAAACACUCACAAGAAAAAAACCUCCGUUAUUUCCCCAUUUCUUCCGGUAAAAAAAACUGUUACGUAAUCCCUAAUUUACCCUCAGGACGUUAUAACCUCCGUACAUUUACUGUUUACGAUAAUUACGACGGUAAAUCACAUUCACCGUCAUUUGAUGUUUCCGUUGAGGGUAAUAUCGUCUUUCAAUGGAGAUCACCUUGGGAUGAAAGUAUCUCACGCGCUGGCGCGUACUCUGAUCUGUUUUUUACUGUGGAUGAUGACGUGGCUGAUGUUUGUUUUUACAGUAUUGCUACUGAUUCACCGGUUAUUGCUUCAUUACAAAUUACUCAAAUUGAUCCGAGUUCUUAUUUAGUUAAUGAUACUUCAAUUUUAGUUAAUUAUGGUAGGUUUUCAUCCGGGUCGGGUCAAUGGGGACCCGGGUUUACUAAUGAUGCGGAUCGGUUUGCCCGGUCGUGGCAAGCGGAUAAGGAAUUUAGGGUUUCGGGGAAGGUAAAUGGAGCUAAGAUUAAAUCAAUUACUGCAAUUAAAAAUGUGGUAAAUGUAGAUAAAGAGCCUAAUUAUUUCCCUAUGAAAUUGUAUCAAAGUGCAGUUACUGUAAUUGGUGAAGGGGGUGAAUAUUUGGAGUAUAUUUUACCCGUCGACGCGAAAUUGGAUUAUUUGUUAUGGUUUCAUUUUGCUGAGAUUGAUGUUAGUGUGAAUAAAGAAGGUAAAAGGGUGUUUGAUGUUAUGGUAAAUGGUGAAAAUGUGAGUAGAGUUGAUAUUUUUAAGGAAGUUGGGAGUUUUGCAGCUUAUGAUUUUAAGUAUGUUGUUAAGAAUUUGAGUAGUACUGAGUUGAAUGUAAGGCUCGAGCCGGUUGUUGGUGCACCCGUGAUUUGUGGGCUCGAGAAUUAUGCGAUUAUUCCAGCUGAUCUCAAGACUCUACCUCAACAAGUUGUUGCUAUGAAAGCAUUGAAGGAGUCGCUUAGAGUUCCGGAUAGAAUGGGAUGGAAUGGUGACCCUUGUGCUCCUACUACUUGGGAUGCUUGGGAAGGUGUUACAUGUCAUUCCAAUAAGAACGGAUCGCUUGUGAUCUCCCAAAUAGAUCUUGGAAGCCAAGGCUUAAAGGGAUAUAUCAGCGACCAAAUUGGGCUCUUGUCUAAUUUGGUAAGCUUGAACUUAAGUUCUAAUUCAUUGGGAGGUUCUUUACCGUGGGGAUUGGGUCAGAAGUCCCUCGUGAAACUGGAUUUGUCAAAUAACAAGUUUACUGGACCCCUACCAGAUAGUCUAGCUUCUUCCACCUUGCAGAUUAUGUUUUUGAAUGGUAAUGAACUAGAAGGUAAAGUGCCAGAGGAACUUCUCUCCAUUGGGGUCCAUGGUGGAGCUAUUGACCUCUCUGGUAAUAAAGGGUUGUGUGGUGGACCUACUUUGCCGGAUUGUCCGCUAUUUUGGAGUAAAAAUGGUCUCUCUACCGCUGGUAAAGUUGCAAUUGGAAUAUCAUGUCUAGUAUUUACUUCCGUGGUAUUGUUGGUGGCAUACAUUUGCUACAAGAAGAGGCAGAAUGAUUAUGACUUUGCUCUGCCACACGAGAUGAUGUCAUUAGCUGCAAAGAGGAAUAGGUACCACCGGCAAAAAUCGCUGAUGACUCUAGAAAUGGAGAGCCAACAUGCCAAAGGAUUUAUACCAACAUACAAUGCAACAUGACAUAGCUUGUACUUGUGGAAAGUGAAUGUGAAUUUUGAUGGAGUUCCACUUGCCAAAUAGAGACAUAUAGAGGACCUUGAGAUUGUGCAAAAUACAAGGUGCUGAGGAAAAGGAGUUUAGAAAUGGGCACCAGUGCCUUAAAUUGAUGUUGACUAAACGAGUUGUGUUGUGUCCCUAAAGGGGUCUGUAGAAUUCAGAUUUGUUUUUGUAGAGUUCAAUGUAUGCCAAUUUGUUAAUGAAAAUCCACCAAACAGAUAAGGCAAAUGCCUCCAUUGUAUCAUACCCAAUUUUGGGCAUUUGACAAACAUAUUUGAUUAUGACUCUGAAACUUGUAAUGCACAUAGAGAUAGAGACCUUUUCCUUGUUUGAUUACAUAAUUGACAUUAUUGUGUACUGAUAUUGACCUUACAAUACUUAUUUAUAGAUCAAUGUUUGACUCGUAAAA